ACACAGUACCCACCCCGCCCCCUCCAGAGAGAAAUCCUGUUGAUUCCAUGGACCAAACUCCCACAACUUCGCAGCCAGCGGAGCCCUCACCAUCCCCAGCACAAUCCCCACCUCCGUCCUCCGUUUCUCCCACUUCCACCCCAGUCUCAUCUUCUCCCAACUCCCAGACAAACCCUAAAUCUAAUCCCAACCCUAAACCUUCAAUCCCACUCGCCUCACAACCACCGCAGCAGCAGCAGCCUUCUCAGUCGAGGCCUCCGUUCAACAGAACUUGGCCCCAGCAGGCGCAUCAUCCGCAUUUCUCGUCGCACGUUCAAUCGCCGCUUUCGUCAUGUUCUUCCGUUUCCGCCUCGGCGUCUUCAUCUAUUUCAGCUGCGCCGCCCGCGCAAAGGGGUGGGAUUGCCAUUGGGGUCCCUGCCCACCAUCCUAGCCCUAUGCCGCCGCCACCUACCUCAUUUAGCUCGUCUUCUUAUGGACAGCAGUUUGGUGGGUUGGGUCGCAGCGCUGUCAAUGUGUCUGAAUCAGGGGGCAAUUCGAGUACACCACAGGUUAGACAAUCUAUACAAGGAAUGCAGGGUGUGGGCAUGAUGGGAUCACUGAAUUCAGGCCCUCAAAUGCGGCCAGGUGGGAUUCCUUCACAUCAUCAACAGGGACCUGUCCAAUCAUCUUAUAGAGCACAGAUGGCCUCGAGUAAUCCAUCUCCUGCUAACCAAAGUUUCCAGGGUCAUGGCCUUAUGAGAGUCUCAUCAAUGGGUCCGGCUGUUUCACCAGCACCUCCUAUGUCGCAAAGUCUACAGUCUCAUAAUCAGCCAUGGUUAUCAUCUGGCUCACAAGGAAAGCCUCCUUUACCAUCCCCUUCAUAUAGACCACCGGCAAACAUACAAUCCUCGCAGCAAAGAUCUCAUAUUUCCCAACCAAGUCAUCAUCCCUUGAUACCUUCACAGCAGCAGCAAAUGUCACCUGCCCAAAAAUCGCAACAACCUUUGCCAUCACAUCUGCCACAAGAGCAGUAUGGACAACAGUUUCCUCCAUCAAGGGUGCAUCAGCAGGUUAUGAGAGGUCAGGGAUCUGGAAAUGUGAAGCCUGCCUCUGUGGCAAUGGCACAACCUAGCACAAUCCAAUCUGGGGCUACUAACAGAACUGAUAAUUCAGAGCCCAGUGAAUCUUGCAGUAGUAUUCUCAGCAAGAGAAGCAUUCAGGAGCUAGUAACUCAGGUUGACCCAUCAGAGAGGUUGGAUCCAGAAGUUGAAGACAUUCUUGUGGAUAUUGCAGAGGAAUUUGUUGAGUCUAUUACUACGUUUGGUUGCUCUUUAGCCAAGCAUCGAAAAUCAGCUACUUUGGAAGCAAAGGACAUCAUUCUACAUUUAGAAAGAAAUUGGAAUAUGACGCUUCCUGGAUUCAGUGGGGAUGAGAUUAAGACCUACAAGAAGCCGGUUGUGAAUGAUAUUCACAGGGAGCGGCUAGCAGCGAUAAAGAAGUCAAUUAUUGGGACAGAGACCACAAAUACUAAGAACUCUGCUGGACAGGCAGCUGCAAAUGCAAAGGGUCACGUAGCAAAGGGUCCAUCUAAUGCCAUUUCACAGGAUACAUGAAGUUUCUUGUGGCAUAAAUUAGAAGUGCUGGAUUUGACGUGGUAGUCAUGCCAAGAGGUACGUACUUGCACUCUUUCAUGGGCAUAAUGUAUGUAUUUAUACCUGCAUGCGUGCUGAGUCUGGGUGUAAAUGUAGGAAUAGUAUAUUGUAAUAACGUUGUGUUUCAUGUGAUGUGUUAUUUUUCACUUCUUUUUUCUUGUGUUGAUGUGCAAGGAGGAUUGAAAUUGAUUGUGAGACCAUUUUAUAUGCUAUGGCAUAUAAUUGACAAACCAAAAUGGUUGAGCAGGGAUUUCCUUGUUGAAGCUGAUUGGAUGUGUGAUUUCACAAUAGGUGUACAUCAAGGAUCUGCUUGGGCCUUUAACUUUUUGCUUUAGUGAUGGAUGAACUAAAUAGGAGUACCCAAAAUAAGGUUCCAUGGUGUAUGUUCUUUUUAGAUGAUAAUGUCUUGAUUGAUGAAAAUAGGGGUGGAGUAGAAUCUAAGUUAGAAUUGUGGAGAGAAUCUUUAGAAUCUAAAGCUUUAGAAUAAGUAGAAUGAAAGAAUAUAUGAAAUGUAAUUUCAAUCGAAUAUAUGAAAUGUAAUUUCAAUCAUAGUAGGAGGAAUGUUGGAGAUCAAGUUAAACUUGAUGAUGAAAAAAUCAAUAACACUAGUGAAUUUCGAUAUCUUGGAUAUAUUAUGCAAGUUGAAGGAGAAAUUAAAGAAGAUGCCAUCCAUAAAGUUAAACCACGUUGGGUAAAAUGGAUAAGUGCUUUGAGUGUGCUGAUUGUAGGAUACUCCUGAAAUUCAAAGGGAAGUUUUAUAGCACGGUUGUUAGACCAGCUAUGCUAUAUGGAUCAUAUUGUUGAGUGACUAAGAAAGAAAAUUAAGCAAAAAGAAAAAAGUUGUCAAAGAUGAUGAUACUAAGAUGAAUGUGUGGCAAAAUGUUAAAACGAUAGAUAAAGGAAUGAACAUAUUUUUGGUAAGUUAGGCGUAGCUUUUGUAGAAGAUAAGAUAAAUGGAGGGACGACUCAGAUGGUAUGGGCACUUGCAACGUAGGCUACAAGUGUGCUAAUGAGGAAGAGUGAAUUAGUUACUGAGAGGCAGUAGGGUACACUUAAAAUAACUUGGAAUGAGAUAAUAAGGUUUUAAUAGCCAUUGUCCAUGACCACAUAAAUUGGUGGAAAAUGAUUCAUAUAACCUACUCCACCUUGUGAAACUUAAGGCUUGGUUUGUUGUUCUUGUAUCAUAUGCGAUGAUUAGUUUGUGGUUGGCCCCUAAAACUACCACGCACCAACAUGGUAGUCAGCCUUGACUGCUCUGAUGGCAGGGCUUUGGCCCAGCCUAUAGUUUCUUGGCAAUUUCCAAGUGUGUAUAUAGGUGCACCUAAAUUUGUGCUCGUUGGUUUUUGUAAAGUGUUUUUUUUUUUAAUCUCGUGGCAUCUCUUAGCUCUAUACGCCUUGUGCAGGUUAAAUUUUGAGGCCAGGCUUCAUUGAAAUGGCAAGGUGGAUAUGGAAGUUUGUCUACCUUUUGUCUGCCUGGGUACACACGAAAUUUCUGUUGUACAAUCCAGGAAGGAUAGGAAAAUCAACUAAAUGGUGCAUUUGCAAUUUCGAUGUACAGCAUUGUACCUUUUGGUGCUCCAAGGGAGUAUAAAUGUCAUGAAAAUCAAUUUUAUUUCUAUUGAACAUGUCAGUUUAUUACAGAUUUUGAUAAUUUCAAAAUUCUUUUUUUUUUUUUAUAUUUGUAAUAAUGACUUUUUUGAAUAAAACAAAUAAAAUCACUUUACAAUA